AUGGCCGUUCAAGACUUCGCUGGUAUCCUCAACGGGGUCAUGUGGACUCAGGUCGUUCUAGCUCUCAUCUUCAUCGCACUGCGAAUGUAUACGCGGUACUUCAUCAUCAACAGCAUUGGGUGGGACGACAUUGUCAUGGUCAUCAAUCUGAUUACGUUCAUCGGCUACGUAGCAUGCAUCUCUGUCGGCAUAACCUACGGCAUCGGCAGGAAAUAUGCGACAGUCUCCCCAGCUUCCUACUCAAAAGCCAUCAUGUGGGAAGCAAUCGGCCAAGGAAUCUGCAUCAUGGGCAUUGCCGCAUCGAAGUCCUCCGUCGCGCUCUUCCUUCUGCGCAUCGUGCUGCUAAAAUGGCAUAAGGCUAUUCUGUGGUUCUGCAUCGUCAGCACUACCCUCAUGUGCACCAUCACGACAACUUUGUUGUUCUUACAGUGUCGGCCGGCGGCGUUCUUGUGGGACCAUACUAUUGAGGGCGGUGUCUGCUGGUUGGAUUUUACGUCAGUGGGUUUGACUAUGGGCGCAUGGUCCGCAGCUAUGGACUUCGUCCUCGCAAUUCUCCCCUGGCAUGUCGUGCUGGGCUUGAACAUGAAGCGCAAAGAGAAGCUCACCGUAGCCUUUGGCCUCUCACUCGGUAUCUUCGCCGGCAUCUGCUCCAUAAUCCGCACCUACGAGCUCCAAACCCUCUCCUCCGUCAAUGAAUACGUCUACGACACCGUCCCCAUGCUCCUCUGGUCGUCAACCGAAGUCCUUAUGACUAUAAUCUGCGCCUGCAUCCCCGUCCUGCGACCUCUCUACGUGCGCAUCGCGUACGGCUCGCGCGGCGACUCCUCCGGCGGGCGCUCCUACCCGCUCAACGAGUACUCCAAGAAAGGCAGUGCAGCUUUUGGUGGCGGCAGCGGCAAGGACAGCGCAAGUAAGAUUUACAUGGGGCCUGGCGCGAGCGUACUCCAGACGACUGUCAAGAUGGGCAGUGAGAAUGCUAGUGAGGAGAGUAUAUUGAGGGCGGAUAAGAAGCAUGGGUUGCCGAUCCAGACUGUUGAGGAGGGGGUUGGGGGGAUUAAGAGAACGGAUGAAAUUAGAGUUACGUCGAGUGCGGUGUGAGUGGUGGAUUGUGUUGCGUUGUGGAGGACAGCGGAAGUGAUGAGAGGCGUAAGAACACUGGGG